CAUAUUUUUUAGAUAUUUUUCUCUCACACACAGUCUAUUAAUACUGUUCCACGUGAAUUACUUAACUAUGUGAAGUUUAACGCGAUGCGCAAAAAGUGACCACGUGACUUUUUGACGCAACACGCGUCAUCCCGACGUUCCGCUAUUCGCGACUGACGUAACGAGCGCCGGAUAUGAACAAGAGAUACGUUCACGCGUAUACACGUAUACACGCACACACGCACAUAUAAUGCCGUAGAGUCAGCCGGAAAUUUUUGUCCCGCGUCUUAUCGCAUACAAGAUUGGCAUUGCUCGGUUUUCGCACGCGCGUCUACGUCGUCGAUUCUCGUCGCAGGUCGUCCAUGGAUUGUACUCGCGAGGAUGUUUUCGCAGAAGCCGUAUUACUUCUCGCAGCUGUCGCGAACCUAUCCGAUUUUGAGGCUCGUCGAUGUUUACGACCGUCAGUCGUUUAUACGGGCUUACGUGUUGGACAACAUUUACAUCUGCAUUUUGAUGUACGCCCUCUUCUACGUGGCGCUGUGGUACGCUACUAACAUAAUAAAACGUAUCGAGAAGUCGAAUCGGGAAAUGUCAACGACAAUCGCGAACAACAAAACGGUGAGCACACUCUGCCGCGUUUAUUAUGUUGCUUCUAAUCAGCGUCAUAAUUUAACGAGGAGCUUUAAUUACGCAAUCCAACUCACACUCGCUCUCUUCACUGAAAAUCCUCCACAGAAAUUGGACAGAUUGAUAUUGUUGAAGAACAAGAAAACGCAAUUCGAAGAAGUGAUAGUGAAAACGGUUAGCAGGUUCUGGUUUUACAUUUCUUACGAUAAUUUCCACGACGCGAUUUAUGUCCCUUUUCCGUGUCUACAGACAGAUGCGCAAAAGGUGACCACGAGACACUUGGAGGAUGAAAUGUGUAGGCUCGACACAGAAUUGACCACCACAUCCAGCAAGAUCGCGCGACUGGAGAAAAUCAUAGAAAAAAUGGUUUUUAGUACAAACAGCCGGACAAAUCGUCCGAAAAUUCAGCCGGUGUUGUCACAGCCCGCGAGGAUGAACGUCCAGGGGGUGAGCUCGAAGGCGCCGCGAAUCCGCUCGAAAACUUCAAGAUCCUCGAGCCGUCAUUUCCACCGUCAUUGCCGCCGGAACCGCCGCCUCGCAAGUACGGGAUCUUUGUCAGUCGACCUCCUGGACAACGGAGAGCGUCGCUCGCGGCUGCUCCGCCAAAAAUCGGAUUCAAGUAACAGCGCGUCGGCGGAAGCCUCCUCGGAAUCCGUCGUGCGGCGUCGUAAGCAUAUUUCGAGAUCACCUCGUGUUGCCCCGCCGUCCUCCCGACGCGCGUCGCAAUGAAAGCGAACGAAAUGGCUUGACGCAUGAAUUGGUCGAUCACUUUGGCGUGUAGAAAACGACGAAAGUAGAGGGAAACGCGUAGCUCGUUCAAUGAAAUUCGAAGCGCGGCGGGCACCGAUCUAGGUCGAGUGAGAAAUCGGAGUUGCACCGUAAUUAAUCCGAAUGUGCGUUCCUCGCGGCUGGAUUGAAUAUCGUCCAGCCGAUUGUUCGCCGGUUGCCUCGCGCUUUUCCACAACGAACUGCGGCCACGAGGUGUUUGCGCAUAUGCGGUGUCAUGGAUUGCCCGUACAUUCACCGUACAGAUUGAGAGUUGUACGACUUUCAAUCUUACGCAUGACGUCUGAGAUUGGAAAUUAGUUCAAUAAGCAACUGUAAUUACAAUGGAAUUAUGGCUUUAAUUGUAACACUUUUUCAAUCUCAUUCGUAUACGCACAAAACUGAAAAUCGUGCAAUGCUCUAGGAGAUGUUCGGGCAUCCAUGACAUCGUGUCUGCACGUCCUCACGAUCUUGCAGGCACCGACAGAGUUCCUUUGAGAUACGGCGAUUAUCACGACGGUGACGGCAAGAGGUGUGAUUAUUCGAAACGGCUCGUGAAGGCGCGUUCAAGGCGAUCGUCUUGCUGCAACGCGCGCGACGCCCACGUGGACUCCCUGAUGAGUAUCACGCCUUUCACCAGAUCUGUAUUAGGACUCGCCAACAUCUUCCGUCGAUGAAGGACCCCUCGUAGAAACGAGACGUUAGAGUGACUUGAACGCCCGUCAGAAUAAAUUUCGUAAUUCGUUUCUGCGCGAUUGUCCCUUUUCCCUUCGAUCGCGCAUCGCUUUGCUGAAAUUGUCUCGCUGAAACUACAACUAAAAAUGUACAAUCUCGUGUCACGUGUUGUGUCUCAAUAUUGUAUCUUUUCUAUUGCACACGGAAAAAAUAUUGUGGCAAGAAUUAUAGCCAGAUUUUUGUAAACUUGUACAGAAUCAUAAUCGAAAUUGCUACAUUUUUGUCGAAAAAUAUAGUAUAUAUUUGUCCAAAAAUGUUGUGCAUGUUCGACUUUUUCCCACAAAAUUACUGCAAUUGCUUGAAUAAUUUUUUUAUAUCAUAGCAGGUAGAAGUCGUCAAAUUUAGUAAUUUACGUUACAAUUUCGGUAUAGUUUGACUUUAAGAAAACACUGAAAACCAAUAAAAAAAACAUUAUAAACAACUAUAAUUUCAACAUAACUUUUGUCACAAUAUUUUGUAUAUAUACUUUAAUCGAAGUUUAAUGAAGAAUAUAGGCUUUUGGCAAAAAAAAACCUUUGCGUCAUUACCGCCGCGAUAAAUUUAACACGGAUGUUGCAAUGCCGGGAUAUCUUCCACGUGCACAGCUGCAGCUAUCUGCACUCGUAAUAAUAACCGGACGUGUUCGCACACGGGAGAUAAUGCUUGUGGAGUCGGAGAAACGUGCGUA